AUGUUAAUUAAGAAUACCACUGAGGUAUUUACAGGUCACAAGGGUGACAUUGUGGCGCUACUAGUCUUCAAGAGUGAGAGCGAGAUACUCCUACACUCCAAGUAUACUAGUAACGAGCCUCCACGCUCCAAGUGUACUAGUAAGGAGCCUCCACGCUCCAAGUGUACUAGUAAGGGGCCUCCACGCUCCAAGUGUACUAGUAAGGAGCCUCCACGCUCCAAGUGUACUAGUAAGGGGCCUCCACGCUCCAAGUGUACUAGUAAGGAGCCUCCACGCUCCAAGUGUACUAGUAAGGGGCCUCCACGCUCCAAGUGUACUAGUAAGGAGCCUCCACGCUCCAAGUGUACUAGUAAGGGGCCUCCACGCUCCAAGUGUACUAGUAAGGAGCCUCCACGCUCCAAGUGUACUAGUAAGGGGCCUCCACGCUCCAAGUGUACUAGUAAGGAGCCUCUACGCUCCAAGUAUACUAGUAAGGAGCCUUCACGCUCCAAGUGUAAUAGUAAGGGGCCUUCUCACUACAAGGGGUACGGCGUGAUGAAUAUUAAGCCACCUAAGAGGUGGCACGGGCAUGACUAG